AUGGACGCUGUACCCAUCACAAAAAAGUUGAUAGCCUUCGGUAGCAAGAAGAUAUAUCUCCCCAAAUUCACAGUCGCGCUCCUUCGUACACCAGACCUCUCCCCGUACCAUGCCCGCUUCCUCGUCCCGCUCGACUUCUCAAAGUACGACCUCCGCGAUUACCUCUACCACGCCUACAAUGUCAAAUGCUUCAACAUCAGAUCAUACGUAAAGCAAAUGCCGGUACGGGAUACUCGCGAACAACCACGGCACUGGUUCCGCGCUGAGUCGAAAAAAUACAUGACAAUAGAGUUGGAGCAGCCAUUCGUCUGGCCUGAGGUGCCCGACCUAGAGCCAUGGGGCCAGAAGGAGAAGCAAAAGGAGGUUGAAGAAGCUGCCAAGGUCAAUGGAGCUGGAGACAGCAACGAUGCGAGGAAUGCGGCCAGGACGUUACGAGAACAGGUAAAGAAGUUACUCGACAAGAAAGUCUCGCGGCCGGAUCCCGAAAUACAGAGGAAGAAGGCUAUGUCUAUAGAACUUACAGCAGAAGAGUUGGAGAUAGAGAAGCUCAGAGAGCAGGAAGAAGCAAACCUACAGCGCAUGUCAAGACUGAAGCUGUGGGCGAAGGAGAGGACAGGGAAGGUCGUGGAAAGCGACAAGCCUAGGCGAUAUGCGAUCAAGGUUUGA